AUGACUUUGGCAAUUCAGGAACUCAAUCCUGAUUUCUACUUAUCAAUCGAUUAUCCCCAAGAGAAUGGGAUUCCUACAUCGGCGGCUAAAGCGCAAUUAACCAAAUUGGUUGAAACCUUGUACGCCGAUGGCUUUGCAGCACAAAUUCGUCCUGGUGAUGCUUCUCACUUACUUGUCUUUAUCAAACUUUUAUCCAGUAAAUGUAUUGACGAGAUUGAAAAGGACUUGGUUAAGAGUUUUGAAUUUGGAGUUACUGCCAAGGAUGACGUGUACAGCGCCCGAUUAAGGGUAAUCAACAAGUAUUUGAGAACACGUAAAUCAAUUGGCGGUUGUGGAAUUACUCCCAAUGCUGGUGAAUGGAAGUUUGUCAAUGAUAUUGUCCCAAUAACUUCAGCAUUCGACGAUUCAACCUUAAUUGAAGAUUUAAAAUCAAGUUUUACUGAGCUGCCAGUUUUGACAACCAAUAGAAUCAAGAACCAGUAUGGUAUUAAAAUUGCCCUUUAUUUUGAGUAUUUUAAGUUUUAUAUGCUUUGGUUGGUUUCCCUCUCUGUGAUUGGACUUGUGUCUUACUUCAAAGUGAAGAAAACUUACCUGUUGGCAUAUACUUUGGUUAAUUUGCUCUGGGGUACUUUGUUUAUCACAUUUUGGAAUAGAAAACAAUCCUUUUUAGUCAAUUUUUGGGGUGUUCAAAAUUGUCAUUUGGUUGAAGAACAUUAUUCCGAAUUGGCGGAAUUAAACUCAAGACAUGAACCUAAAAAUGAUCCAGCUCCUCAAGAGAGCAGACGUUAUGUUUUAUUCCUCAAGCAAUUGGCUUUUGUUCCAAUUGCCCUUGGAUUUACUGCAGUUUUGGUUAGUUACCAGUUGAGUUGUUUUGUGAUUGAAAUCUUUUUGACUGAUGUUUAUGACGGUCCAGGCAAAUCUUUAUUGACUUUGUUGCCUACAAUUUUGAUUAGUGUGUUUGUUCCUAUUUUGACUAUUGUUUACAAUUUGGUUAUUGCCCAAGUCAUUAAGUGGGAAAAUCAUGAUAAUUCAUACAGUCGUAAUAACUCAGUAUUGAUUAAGACUUUUGUGUUGAACUUCUUGACUAGUUAUGUUCCACUUAUCAUUACCUCAUUUAUUUAUUUGCCAUUUGCUCACUUGAUUCAACCACAUUUGGGAGACAUUAAAUCGACAAUUAGUACUUAUGUUACCAAGGACAGAUUUUAUUACAAAUAUUUGAUUAUGUUGAAGAAGCAAGAAGAUUUCAAGAUGAACCAAAACAGAUUGAAUGCCCAAUUCUUUUACUUUAUUGUCACCAACCAAGUUAUUCAAUUCAUUCUCAAGUAUUUCCUUCCAUUGAUUCUUGCUAAACUUACAGAUUUAGUUGAGACUAAGUUGCUUAAGAAGGAAAAGUUUGAACCCAAGGACGAACCAACUGAAGCUGUUUGGUUACAUAACAUUCGUUCAUCGUUAAAACGUCCUGUGUAUGAUGUCAAUGACGAUUUCAGAUCUCUUAUUUUGCAGUAUGGGUAUCUUAUCAUGUUUGGUCCCGUGUGGCCCUUGGCUCCUUUAGUUUGUCUUAUUUUCAAUUUGAUUAUUUUCAGAGUUGACCAAUUCAAACUAGCCAAUGCUAAGUAUUUCAAGCCACCUUUACCUAGCAGAUCUGAUUCUAUCCACCCAUGGAACAAGUCCUUGUUCUUUUUAACCUGGGUUGCUUCUGUCAUUUCCCCAGUGGUUACUGCCUUUUAUCGUCAUGGCACCCAGCCACCAAAAACACUCGGACAAUUGGCUUUGAAGAAUGCUAGUGUCAAUGUAUCUUCUUUCCUUAAGCUUAUGUUGUUGAUGUUUACUACUGAACACGGAUUUUUGAUUUUGAGUUAUACCUUGUACAGAUUGUCUGAUUUGUUCAAGAGUGAUAUUGAAUGGCAAAACGAUUUCGGCAGUAACGAUCUUAAAUUAAGACUUGAAUAUUAUAAAGACAAGGAAAAGCCAAAUAUCGUCAUGAUUAAUGAUGUAGGCUGGGAAGGUUUUACCGUUGAAAAUACUUUGGGUCUUGCUGCCCCUAGUGACACUGACGCUGCAAUUGAAAAGAUUGAUACACCCAAGGGAGGAUAUCUGACAUCAGCUCAAGCCAAUAUUACUCAAGCUGCUUCCCGUGUAGAAGAGAAGACCAAGGAAAUCGAACAACUUCCAGACACUGUUCCAGUUCCGGUUCCAGCUGUAGUAGAUGAUAAGGUGGAAGAUAUUAGUACUGAACCUAUUGUUAUUGGAAGUAAGGAAGCAUUGGAUAAAAUCAAGGACUCAACUGAUGAAAUAAUCUCCACAAAGAACUCAGAAGGUGAUUUACAAUAUUCAACUAUUGACAGUAAUGCUCAUGCAGAAGUCACUAAGGUUUUCCCAAGAGAAGAUGUGUCUACCAGUACAUCAUCAAAUCAAGCUCCUAGUAUUACCUCUAGUUCUGAAGUAUCAAGAAGUGAUAGCAUGAACAGUAGCAGCAGAGAUAGUAGAGAUAAGGGCAAGAAAAGAUCAGGAUUAAAGAAGAUUUUCAAAUCUAAGAAGUAA